CUGGCAGAGGCAGGCGUGAGGCCUGGGCAGGGGCAGGGGAGGCUCAUCUGGAAGCAGAAUGUCGGGCACUGAGGGCAAAGGCGUGGUAAAGGAUUCAAGAGCACAGCCAACACUGGGGAGGGACCCCUUCGAGGACACGCUGCAGCGGCUGCGGGAGGCCUUCAGCUCGGGGCGGACGCGGCCGGCGGAGUUCCGGGCUGCGCAGCUCAAGGGCCUGGGCCGCUUCCUGCAGGACAACAAGCAGCUGCUGCAGGAGGCGCUGGCGCAGGACCUGCGCAAGUCAGACUUCCAGGCGGACGUGUCCGAGAUCAUCCUGUGCCAGAAGGAGGUGGACCUGGCGCUCUGGAACCUGCACGCCUGGAUGAAGGACCAGCCAGUGGCCAAGAACCUGUUAACGCAGCUGAGCUCCGCCUUCAUCCGGAAGGAGCCCUUCGGCCUGGUGCUCAUCCUCAGCCCCUGGAACUACCCCGUGAACCUGAGCCUGCUGCCCCUGGUGGGCGCCCUCGCGGCGGGGAACUGCGUGGUGCUGAAGCCAUCAGAAAUCAGCCAGGGCACAGAGAAGGUCCUGGCCGAGGUGCUGCCCCGGUACCUGGACCAGAGCUGCUUUGCCGUGAUGCUGGGGGGGCCUGAGGAGACCGGGCAGCUUCUGAAACACAAGUUUGACUACAUCUUAUUUACGGGGAGCCCUCGAGUGGGCAAGAUUGUCAUGGCCGCAGCCGCCAAGCACCUGACGCCCGUCACACUGGAGCUGGGGGGCAAGAACCCCUGCUACGUGGACGACAACUGCGACGCCCAGACCGUGGCCAACCGAGUGGCCUUGUUUCGCUACUUCAACGCUGGCCAGACCUGCGUGGCCCCCGACUACGUCCUGUGCAGCCCCGAAAUGCAGGAGCGGCUGGUGCCCGCCCUGCAGAGCGCCAUCACCGGCUUCUAUGGCGAGGACCCCAGGGCCUCCCCAGACCUGGGCCGCAUCAUCAGUGAGAAGCAUUUCCAGCGGCUCCGGGGCCUGCUGGGCUGUGGCCGCGUGGCCAUCGGGGGCCAGAGUGAGGAGAGCGACCGCUACAUCGCCCCCACGGUGCUGGUGGACGUGCAGGAGACGGAGCGGGUGAUGCAGGAGGAGAUCUUCGGGCCCAUCCUGCCCAUCGUGACCGUGAGGAGCCUGGACGAGGCCAUCGACUUCAUCAACCGCCGGGAGAAGCCCCUGGCCCUGUACACCUUCUCCAACAGCAGCCAGGUGGUGAGCCAGGUGCUGGCGCGGACCAGCAGUGGCAAUUUCGGAGGCAACGAGGGCUUCAUGUACCAGACUCUGUGGUCCAUGCCGAUGGGGGGAGUUGGCCACAGCGGGAUGGGAAGAUACCACGGCAAGUUCUCCUUCGACACCUUCUCCAACCACCGCGCCUGCCUGCUCUCCCACUCGGGCCUGGAGAAGCUGAAUGAACUCCACUACCCGCCCUAUACCGCCAUGAAGAAGAAGCUGAUUAGCUGGGCCUUGGGCUCCCAGAGCUGCACCCUCCUGUGAGCGCUCUGCCCAUCUCCAGCGCCCCACCCCCACCCCCUCUCCCUCCAACUGCUGCCCACGUGCUCGGUCCCCAGAAGGCAGCGUCCCCUCCAAGAGUGCAAAGGUCCUGCUCCCAGGGUUUUGUCUGAACAGUCUCCUGCUGGACAGACCUCUGGGCUGCUGGGCCCCCUCUCUCGGGGCCCAAAUCCCCUGGGCAUCCUCCUGACAGAGUCAUUGGCCCUCUGCUUGGAUAUGUCUGGUGACAGAAACUUCACCCCCACAAGGUUGGGCAGUUCAGGUGGUUAGAAAGCACUCCCUUGCCCUGGCCGGUGUGGCUCAGUUGGUUGAACAUCAUCCUAUGCACUGAAAGGUUGUGGGUUCGAGUCCCUGUCAGGGCACAUGCUCAGGUUGUGGACUGGAUCCCCCAGCAGGGGGCAUGCAGGAGGCAGCCAGUCAAUGUUUCUCUCCCAUCAAUGUCUCUCUCUCUCCCUUCUUCUCUCUC